UGAAUCAACAUAUGUUAGUACUUGUAAGACCACGUCUCCAGGAAGAUGUUGAAAACAAUUGUAUUUUCUCUUGUUCUGGCUGUUUUAUUCAUUGAAACAGCCAAAAAUAAAAGUCAUGCAGCGUCAUACUAUUAUUUUUUUGAAUACUCGCCUUGUGGAAUCAUGCUGAGCAAUUGGAUUACGGAACAAGAGAAAUAUAUAAUUGUACAACUGCACAACGAAUUGAGACAAAAAGUGGCUCGGGGCGAAGAACAAAGAGGUAAUCCUGGACCUCAACCGCCGGCUCUCGCGAUGCCCAACUUGGUAUGGGACGAGGGAUUAGCCGAGAAAGCCCAGCAAUCUGCCAACAGGUGUGAAAUGAAACACGAUGCCUGCUUUUAUAAUCCGCCUUAUUGCGAUUACGGACAAAAUAUCGCAACGAUCUGGACUAAAGCACCAAUGGAUAUUUUAAGGAUAGAAGAUCGAAUAUUAGGGUGGUACGACGAAGUGGAAUUAGUUAACAAUAAUUUAGUCAGGUCGUACUAUGGAGAGAGCUCCUCGGGUUGGGGUCAUUACACACAAAUGGUAUGGGCCAAAAGUACCAGAAUUGGAUGUGGUAUAUCAAGAUAUUACAAGUACAAUUUUAAUUAUAUGAUGAUAUUUUGUAAUUAUGGACCAGCAGGAAACAUUCCAGCACAGCCUGUGUAUUAAAAAUAAGACAGCGGACAAAUUUAAACCUACAGAUAUAUUCUGUACAUCAAAUUUAUGUAUGAUUACAUAUAAACAAAUUUUAAGAUGUAAUAACAGAUUACAUCAGCUAUUUUUAUACGUAAUCAUCUCAUCAAGACAUUAUCUAAUUGUUACACAGUGAAGCAUUGAAAAUAUUUUUAUAUUCGUUGACUAUUUUCAAGCUACGUGCCACGCAUCGUGAUACAUGUUUGUUUAUAUGACUUACAUUAAAAAUAUGUGCAUGAAACCAAUAUCAUCAUUUAAGAUUUGCUGGAAAAAUAAAUAAACUGAAAAUCAUUAAAGUA